AAGAUCGAGCAAGAAGUCUUUGAUUUCUAUUUGGCAAACAAAAAGAGGAAGCACGCUCUCAGGCACGCAAUGGAGCGCCCCCAGCCACCUCCGCUGAUUAGACAGAUUAUAUCCGAGAAGAGGGAAGAGUGCCGGCGGCGCCGCCGUACCCAAUCUUGCCCGCCCACAAGUUCCGACGCCUCUCCAGCAACGCGAUGUAGAAGAUUCUUCAUUUUAUGCGCAGAAUCCAAUUUAGUUGAGGGAAGAAGGGUUCAAUCGUUCUUUGCGAGCGCAUGGAUAGGAAUGUGGUUUUCAUCCUCUAUGGCGCUCCCGACUGGGAAUCUAUAAACCCCCUCCAAUACGAGGGGGCAAUUAGCAUGGGGGUAGACCUGCACUCGGGCACCUUCAGGAAAUGGAUCGAAUCAGGUUUUCAUAUUUUGGAUGGUGGGUCUGACCCUGUGGCCGUGGGGGUGGCUCUCGUGAAUAGCGCUGCUUCUUCCAUUAUGCCUGGACCAUACCGAGCUAAGGAUAAGAAUGCUGCCACGCAAGUUGUGGACAUCCCUGGCUUAGUCUCACUUGACAGGAUCACCCCUGCACUCCGGUUAUCAUACCACAACGAUUCUGGGUCAAUAUGGUCAACGGUGCUCGUUCUACAAACUGCCUGGAAUUCUGUCCGCGGAACGAUCGACCGUGAUCUACCGGCGGUCGACCGUGGGCUAUGGAACACCCUUGGCUUAGUCUCACUUGACAGGAUCACCCCUGCACUCCGGUUAUCAUACCACAACGAUUGCAUUCCUGAGCAACAGUUUCAGCAUACGGUUUCCCUGGAAACCAUAGAAGAUCUUUCAAGGCAAUGGGCUCAGAUGUGAAGAUGAUGGAGAUGGCGGGGGAGGCCUAGGACUUCAAUUCAAUGAUUCAUUCUUUGUUGUGGAGGGUUUACUGUUGAUAUUUCUAUUUCUAUAUGUUUUGAUAUGUUUAGUAAAAGUGUAGUUUUAUU